AAUUAUUUCAGAAUGAACUCCCCUUAUGCAACAAUCGUUGACGCCCCAGACUUCCAUCCAGCGUUGGCCGCUGAGAAGAUCGACCGCGCUUUGCGAGCCGGUGAUAAGGACACCGUCGUCAAAGUGAUCACCUCCAUCAGCAACAAUCAGCGACAACAGCUACGCGAGCCAUACAAGAUCAAGUAUGGUAAGGAUAUCAUGGCCGCUCUGGACAAGAAGUUCAGCGGAGAUCUCGAAAAGACCAUCUUCGCUCUUAUGGAAACACCACUCGAAUACGAUCUCAAGCAACUUAAACAGGCCAUGAAGGGCCUCGGCACCGAUGAAGCUGUGCUGAUCGAGAUCCUUUGCUCUCGAACAACUGAUCAGAUCAAGGCCAUCCGUGUGGCUUACGAAAGAGAAUUCAAGAAGCCGCUUGAGCAAGAGGUUGCAUCCGAGACAUCUGGAGAAUUCAAAGAUCUACUCGUAGCUAUCAUCACUGGAAGCCGAGACCCCAGCAACCACACCAACGAUCAACAGGCCAAAGAUGAUGCUGUCCGCCUAUAUGCUGAUGGAAAGGGAAAACUGAGCGGAAAAGACUCCCCAUCGCAUUUCUUGAGCAUCAUGGCUUCACAGAACCAGUAUCAACUGAGAAAGAUAUUCGCAGCUUUUGCUGAAUUGUCUGGAUCCUCAAUUGAGAAACUGAUUGAAAAGGAGUUCAGCGGUGACCUACAAAAGAGUUAUCUGACAAUUGUACGAGCAGCAUCGGACAAGCAGAAAUUCUUCGCUACUCAGCUAUACAACUCCAUGAAGGGUCUCGGAACUCGUGAUAACGAUCUGAUCCGUGUGCUUGUCACUCGUUCGGAGGUCGAUCUGCAGCUGAUCAAGGAGGAAUUCCUUGCUCUCUACAACAAAUCGCUCGAAGACAUGAUCAAGGUUGGUUUUGAAAUGAAAUUAAGAACGUUCACUCCGCUUCUGAAACCUAGAAUUAGAAUUAUUUAG